GCCUGCGCAAUGGGGCCCGGGUCCGCUUCUUCCCAGUCAGGACGUUAUCGUGCUUUUUGUUUCGCAACAGGAGGCUUGGGAUAGGGGGCUUUUUCGCCUUUAUUUCCCAGCCUAGCUUCUCCGCCUAUGGACCCCAGAAGAUACUGCUGAUAGUACGGAACUAUACAGUCAUUGUCUCAGCUCUAGGAUGUACGUUCCGUCACCAGAAGCUCUUCUGAGGGACCGAGGCAAUUAAAAAACAGUGGAAUGGAAAGAAAGUGUUGUAGUCGUCCUAUGUUAUGCUCCUUGUCAACAAUGUACACAUUCCUGCUAGGUGCCAUAUUCAUUGCUUUAAGCUCAAGUCGCAUCUUACUGGUAAAAUACUCUGCCAAUGAAGAGAACAAGUAUGAUUAUCUUCCAACUACUGUGAAUGUGUGCUCAGAACUGGUAAAGCUCAUUUUCUGUGUGCUUGUGUCAUUCUCUGUUAUAAAGAAAGAUCAUCAAAGUAGAAAUUUGAAAUGUGCUUCCUGGAAGGAAUUUUGUAAUUUCAUGAAGUGGUCCAUUCCUGCCUUUCUUUAUUUCCUGGAUAACUUGAUUGUCUUCUAUGUCCUAUCCUAUCUUCAGCCUGCCAUGGCUGUUAUCUUCUCAAAUUUUAGCAUUAUAACAACAGCUCUUCUAUUCAGGAUAGUGCUGAAGCGGCAUCUAAACUGGAUACAAUGGGCUAGCCUCCUGAUUCUAUUUUUGUCUAUUGUGGCCUUGACUGCCGGGACUAAAACUUCACAACAUAACCUGGCAGGACAUGGAUUUCAUCAUGAUGCCUUCUUCAGCCCAUCCAAUUCCUGCCUUCUUUUCAGAAAUGAGUGUCCCAGAAAAGACAAUUGCACGACAAAGGAGUGGACUUUUCCUGAAGCUAAGUGGAACACCACAGCCAGGGUUUUCAGUCAUAUUCGCCUUGGCUUGGGCCAUGUUCUUAUUAUAGUCCAGUGUUUUAUUUCUUCAAUGGCCAAUAUCUAUAAUGAAAAGAUACUGAAGGAAGGGAACCAGCUCACUGAAAGCAUCUUCAUACAGAACAGCAAACUCUAUUUCUUUGGCAUUCUUUUUAAUGGGCUGACCCUGGGCCUUCAGAGGAGUAACCGUGAUCAGAUUAAGAACUGUGGAUUUUUUUAUGGCCACAAUGCAUUUUCAGUAGCCCUUAUUUUUGUAACUGCAUUCCAGGGCCUUUCAGUGGCUUUCAUUCUGAAGUUCCUGGAUAACAUGUUCCAUGUUUUGAUGGCCCAGAUCACCACUGUCAUCAUCACAACAGUAUCUGUCCUGGUCUUUGACUUCAGGCCCUCCCUGGAAUUUUUCUUGGAAGCUCCAUCAGUCCUCCUCUCUAUAUUUAUUUAUAAUGCCAGCAAGCCUCAAGGUCUGGAAUAUGCACCUAGGCAAGAAAGGAUCCGAGAUCUAAGUGGCAUUCUUUGGGAGCGUUCCAGUGGGGAUGGAGAAGAACUGGAAAGACUUACCAAACCCAAGAGUGAUGAGUCAGAUGAAGAUACUUUCUAAAAGCGUUUUUUGCCCAAAGUACGGUUUACUUGUGUUAAAUUACCACCUAAUGAGAGAGAGAGCUGGAACUAAAAUGUGAAAUUCUAACGUGGAUGGAUUGGAGUACUUCCUGGGCACCACUGUUUUAAGGAGGAGGAUAAUCUGAAGUAGAUAGGGUUUUCUACGUAUAAGAUCAUAUCAUCUGCAAACAGAGUUGGAGGCUGUCUUAAAGCAGAUUUUUCCUUUUUGAAAGAGUUUUGGCUGAUAUACUUCCUGAGGGAGGGGUAGUGUUUAUGAAGAAUUAAUACUAGUGCCACCAUCUUUCAUGGACAUCUAGACAACUUCUUAGAGGUAGUAGAAGUAAGAAAUUUCCAGAAGAAGCUGUGCCCAAACUAAUUGACCAGGAGGAGAGUGGCAUGGGAAAGCAGUAAUGAGGUGGCUUCCCACUCACCAAAAUUGCAUGCCUGACCACUGAGGGCAGAGAGCUGCUGUGAAUAGGCCCAGUCUUCGUCAUUAGGAGCAGAGAUCACCAGCAACCGCCUCCUCCAUCGGAACCUGGAAAAGAAGCAGAAGGCCGCCAUUACUGCUUCAAACAAUAGGGGCCAGUGUAAGAAGGCAGAGUAACUUUGGCUGUCCGUUUUUUCUGUGCCCAGAAUAAAAAACACUGACCCUUAUUGUCCCAUAGCUCCUCAAAGCCAUUAAACUGCAUUACCACAUU